AUGUUUGUGGACAGAAGUGGGGUGGAACGAAUCGACACUGCAGACUACAACUGGAGGAAGGCUCUGGGGGUGAGGGAUCAGAGAUUCGUGGACCAUGUAGUGUGUAAUGUGUAUGGGGGUAGAAGUGGGGCGGGACUGGCUAAGUUUGGAGGGGUGGGAGGGGACGGGGGAGAUGUCUACUUGGUAGCAGAUGCUAACAAAAAGAUGAGUGACUUGCAGCCUAGUGCACGUGGUGGUGGUGGGAGUUGGAGUGUGUUGAAGCUGAAGGGAGAGGACGGGGUGUCGAGUCAGAAGAGGAGUAUCAAGGGAGAGAGGGGGCAAGACCUCACUGUCAAAGUGCCACUUGGAACAUCUGUAUGCGACAUGAAAGGUAAGCCCCUGAUUGACCUUGACCGAGAGGGAGACAUGGUGCAAGUGGCCAGAGGGGGCGAAGGAGGCAGUCCGAAGAAUGAGUUCAAGUCCAGCAAGGGAUCCUUCGGCAGCUUCAAACUCUACCUCAGACUGAUCGCAGACGUCGGACUGGUCGGAUUUCCCAAUGCAGGCAAAUCAACUCUACUCUCCCGUAUAUCGGAAGCGAAGCCAUCCAUCACCGCUUUCCCGUUCACUACCCUCCACCCCAAUGUAGGCCACGUGAGGUACGGAGACCUGCGGCAGAUCUCAGUGGCAGACACCCCUGGACUGAUUGAGGGGGCGAGUGAAAAUAUAGGCCUCGGUCACCGCUUUCUCAAACAUGUGGAGCGGACUAAGAUGCUGGCAUAUGUGGCAGACGUAGAGGGUUUCCAGUUGAACCAGACUUCGCCCAGAAGGUCGGGCUACGAAACACUCCUUCUAUUGAUAAAAGAACUGGAACUGUACGAUUCAACUCUGUUGUACAAACCAGCUGUUCUACUUCUGAACAAAGUGGAAAACAAAGAAAGCGAAUCAAAAGCCGACCACAUCAUGCAAUCAUUGCAACAAGCACACGUCCCAGAUAGCAUAAAGCAAUACGAGCCUUUUCCUUUUCCGGAAUUCAAAACAAUUCUGAAAAUUUCGGCCAAAGAGAAAUUAGGAUUGGAGAGAGUGACUGAAGUUUUCAGAGAAGAGUUAGACAAAGUUGCUCUCGAGGAUGAAGCUGGAGGUCCUAUCAUGACUCAUGAAGCAAAAAAAGAAAGACUUGCUUUCGAUUUGACUCAUGGACUUGUUUCUUGAUUAUAUAAAGCAGUAGUUGAAGAUUUUUCUUUCUCUAAUAGACGAUAUUUGUGAAAAGCUCAUUAAUUUCAUGAAUGCGAUUAUUAUUUAACAAAGGCUAGGAAACAUCGCUAUAAU